AUGACUCCAUCAAACGCCGCACUUGAUGCGUCGUUUGGACAAGUCCUGGGCAUUCUCAUCCGCCAUGAAUGGGUGCAGGUGGAUGUAGUAGACGUCGUUGCUAGCGUCAAUAAGACUUUGCGAGCGAUAGUAAAGCGUCUAAAAUUAUGGCGACUGGCAGUACGGAUCGGUGGAUUCCCUAAAAAGACGAGGAUCGGCUAUUGGCUGCGAACUGGUGACUUGAAGAUUCUGAUAAAGAUAGUGCCAGAUCAACUCAGCAGUACAGAACACUAUUUAAAGCUGGCAGGCAUUGACAAUCUAGCGGACAAGGCGACACUUGAGAUGACAGGAGUUGAAGGCGAAAUCAGCCGGGAUAUCGAACGGACUUUUCCUGCUCACCCUUUCUUUUCUGAAGAGGGGGGUGGACGACGCCUGCUUGGAAAUGUACUCAAGGCAGCUGCUGUGCACGCAGAUGAUAUCGGAUACUGCCAGGGAAUGAACUAUGUUGUUGCUGCGCUUCUUCUCGUGGCGAAAGAUGCGGCAGAGGCUUCAGACUUUUGCUUGAAUGGACUCUGUCUCUCAGAACAAGAAGUUGCAUUUUGGCUGACGGUCUCAUUGAUACGACGCAGGGGUAUGGCAGACUUGUGGAAGCACAAAAUGCCAGGAUUGCCGCAGUGCUUUCAUCUUUUCCAGAAGCUUCUCAAUAUGCACUUCUACGACUUGUCGGCGCAUUUCCAUCAAAUCGGAAUGCAUUCUAGCAUCUUCGUCACACAGUGGUUUGUAACGCUUUUUGCCGGGGUGUUGCCAGUCCAUGUUCUUGUUCGCGUUUGGGACCACUUUUUAGUGGACGGGUGGAAAGCUGUGUACCGUGUCGGUCUUGCCAUCAUUGCAGAGCUACGACCCAAGCUUCUCACGAUGGAUCUGGACCAAUGCAGCAUUUUUUUCCGCAAGAAACCCACCCUUGGACUCGAACAGUGGUUUUGUAGUGCCACAUCGCUGGUGCAGCAGGCUCUGACGUACAACGUGACGCGCUCAAGACUCAAGCAAUUAGAAGAAGAGCGGCACCUUGAGUUUCUCCGCCUUCGGUUGCAGCAAGUGCCGCCCUCGGACGAGCAUCGAAUUUUCUUCCCGACGUUCGAGCAUGAGGCCGAUGCCCCUGCUCAGCAAAAGCCUCUCGAUUUGAUCCGCUUUACGCUGCAGCGCUUUGACAAGGAUGUCGCAAGCGACACAAUUGUUCUGCAACAAAAGAUCGAGGCAGCUGAGAGAACAUAUGUCCAAGCCAUGACUUCGCGCUGUGCCAUUUCGUAUGAGCUGUCUGAGGCUGCAAUUGAGUUGACCGAGCGCAUCGAGAUAAAGAACCGUUUGCUGCAGAAAUUUCGAAAAUUGAUGGCAAGCGCGAUACGAGAAGCUACCUUAGCAUCUACGCGCUCUUCCAGAUCAAACUCCACAACUUGGAUCAAGCCGUUGGACUUCAUUAAUCGACGAAUGGCUCGUUGCUUUGAGCUUCUGCCCGUUCUUCCAAGUAUCACGGAUGCCAGGGACACGCUUCAUGAUGGCAACAUCGACAUCGACGACGAAGAGGACGAAGAGGCACAACAGAAUUUGAAACACCUUGACGUCUUAGUUCCGAAGCUGGCAGCAGAAUUGCGUCUGAUGCAGCGUGCGUUAGCCCACAACCAGCGAUUUCUGCACUCAUUGUUGCAAAGAACCCAACGACUCCAGCGUGACGCCCAGUUUGCGCGUGUUGAAGUGGAAGAAGCGCAACUGUUCAAAGACCGAUUGACCGACCAGUUGCUGCACAUUAUACUGACCAGCGAGCAGCUGAAGAACGAGCGGAUGCAGCAGCUUUUUGCUGAAGUUGAUCGUUGCUAA